AUGCCAUCUGCCAUCGUAUCCUCAUCCAUCGUUCGUGACUCUCCGCCACACAAGUCCAAGAAACUCGCUGGUCGCCGAGCACUCGGCCGACGUGCCCGAGGACGGAACGGACAGCUGUCAGACGACGAGAUCGAGCGGGCCGCUCAGACCGACUCUGACACUGAGAGUGACAGCUCGUCGCUCGAGUCGGCGUCGGACAGCGAGACCGAGCCUGCCAGCGAGGAUGCGCCGCCUGCACCGGCACCUGCCGUGCUGGCCGGCCCGGUGGACUGGGCAGACGAGGUCGGCGCAGGCGACGAGGAGCUGCCCGUGCUCGACUUUGCAGACAUGGAUCGUGCCGCACGGUCGGCAACCCAGCCUAAGCGCCCGCAGCCACGCAAGGCAGUCAAGCAGCAGGCGCCGGCUAUGACGCGGACCGUGUCGGCCCCUGCGACCACACGCUCGCCAGCACCUCCUGCUCCUGAGCUGUCACCAGCACCGGAAGAAGCCGAGCAGGUGGAGGAGACCGGCCAGGAGUCUCAAUCGACGGCCGAUCGUAGGCUACCCGGUGUGACCGCUCGUCAGGCGUACCAAGAAAAGCUUGAGAGUGACCCCGCUUUCAUCCCUCGUGUCGGCGGAUUUUGGGGCCACGAUGACCGUUUACUCGACAAGGAUCUACGCAGCCUGAGCAACUGGUGGCGCGGUCGCUGGCAGGGCAACCCCAGGGGCCGUGGCGGAUUCCGAGGGCGGGGCGGCUUCUUCGGUAAUGGGCACCAAUACGAAGAUGGCACCCAAGAAGAGGAAUUGCCGCCCAUCGAGCGCCAAUGGACGCACGACGGCUUCGAAGAGAUGAAGCGUCGCGACGAGCAGCGCAAUCAGACUCGUGGCGGCUUCCGUGGCGGCAGAGGCGGCUUCGUUGGCGCUCGCGGCGGGCGAGGUGGGUUUACCUCGCGUGGCGGUAGCAUGGCAGGCGCCCACCAAGGCCGCCAGGCACCUUCAUCUUCACCCGAAGACAAGGGACCGUGGUAUAAACAGAAGCCGGAGCGCAUGUGGACUAAGAACCAGGAAAGCGUGUUGUACUCGGAUCCCGCUCUCAAGCCUCGUGCGGGCCAGGGUCCUGCUUUCCGCGUAAAGCUCUCUGGAAAGGACACGCUUGAGAUCGUGCGCACUCCUCCAACCGCCAUGCCACCCAUCACUUCUGCGCCCGAUCCAUCUUCCGCAUCCAGUAGCGCUGGCGGUCCCGUUCCGGUCGUGCGACUUCCUCGCAUGGCUAAGCGCGCGGCUGACAAAGCAGAGCCUGCACCCGCUGUUUCGCCUGUUGUACCUGCUAUCUCGCCUCAGCCGACCAUCGACAGCUCGAACGAUGAAGCCUUCAGGAUUACGCAGCCACCACCGCCGACUGUCAUUCCUAUGCCCGACAACAUGCCACCACCAGGCCUGCCACCGCCAGGCUUGGCGCCGCUCGAUAUGCCACCACCACCAGAUGCCUCAGCUGCCGCACCUCCAGCCGAUAGCGCUCUGUGGAAUCCCUCCGUACCCGCUCCAGCGCCUAUGCCUGAGCAACCUGUAACCGGCGCCGACCAACAACAGCCGAUGUACGGUCAGCCGCCAAUGCCCGUGCCCUCGCCCACUUAUCCACCAUACGGCUACGCACCACAGCUGCCACCAGGCAUUGCGCUUUCGCCGCAGGGAUUCCCCUACGAAGUUGCAACCGGUCGCGCAGUGUACCUCCCGCCACCACCUCAGCCGAUGUACGCUCCUCCGCCAUUCGUACCCGGGCACAUGCACCACCCGUCGUAUGGGCAUGCGCACCACCCAAGCCACGGCCACAGUCACUCAAUGAGCAUGGGUGGCAUCCCCGCUCCUGGAACGCCUACGCUUCAGGAUAUCUUUACGCCCGCUCGACCGCGCGGACGUAUCGAAAUUCGCAAGCCGGAUGGCUCUUCUGCUUCUACCGCUGCACCCGCGCCCGCUUCAGCGCCCGCAUCCGAGCCUCAGCCCGACGCUGCAACAUCGCCCGAGUCCGAGCAGCCUCAGCCUCAGGAGCAAGCCGCAGGUCCGCGCGAGUUCUUCCCGCCCGGCAGUGAAGAGCCCAGCACGAUGGCCACGCAAGCUGGUGGCAUGGUGUUCUACCAUCAUCCUCAGCCUCAGCCGUACUACUACCCUCCACCGCACGAGUACGCACAGCAGGCGAUGUACCCGCAUCCAGGGAUGGAGUAUGGCGGGUAUGCGCCGCCGCCUCACGGACCGCAGGGAACUGUGUACUAUUAG